AUGAGAAACAGUAAACUAUUUUCCGUUUAUAUUCAUUGGCCUUUUUGUGAAAGCAAAUGUACAUAUUGUAACUUUAAUAAAUAUGUCAAUCCUCGCGAUCCACCUCAUGAGCGACUAUUGGCAGCCAUGAAGACAGAACUUGGCUACUUUUUAAACAAUACGAGAUUUCAACUCAAGCAUAAAAAGAUUCAUUCGGUUUAUUUUGGAGGAGGCACACCCAGCUUAGCACAGCCCGUAGUCGUGAGUUCACUUUUAAGUACACUUGAUAAACAUAUCGGUUUAACCAAAGAGACUGAAAUCACAUUGGAGGCAAAUCCAACUUCUGCAGAGAAAGACAAGCUUGAACAAUUUAAACAAAUAGGCAUCAAUAGAUUAUCGUUGGGCAUACAGACAUUCAAUCAAAAACACUUGAAGAUGCUUGGAAGGGAUCAUUCGGCAAAAGAAGCAUUGAGUGCUCUAGAAGCUGCAAAACGGAUAUUUGGAUCAGAUCGAGUUUCAUUUGAUCUUAUCUUUGCACGCCCGGGCCAAACGUUGGAUGAGUGGAAGAAUGAACUAAAGGAUGCUUUGACGAUAGCAGGGGACCAUUUAUCGUUAUAUCAACUGUCUAUGGAAAGGAGCACACCACUACACAAACAGUACCUGAAAGGACUGGUCCCAGCCAUGCCUGAUCAUGAUCUAUCAGCCGACAUGUAUGAGGAAACGGUGAGACAAUGUGAAGCAUUUGGCUACUCCCACUAUGAAGUAUCCAGCUUCGCCAAAACCCAAAAGGCAAUCAGUCGUCAUAACUUUUCGUAUUGGCAGGGUAUCGAUUAUCUUGGUAUCGGGCCUGGCGCUCACGGAAGACUAACAGAUGUGUCUGAAAAUCAACGAGUGAGAACAUUUGGUGAAUUUCAUCCAGAUAAAUAUAUGGCAUUAUGUGAAAGUGAUGGAGAAGGACUACGCAAAAUAAUCCCAAUCCCUUUUGAUACGAUGGCUGAGGAAUUGAUCGUUUUUGGACUUCGUACACGUAUGGGCAUACCUAGAUCGAGGUUCAGAGAGCUGACUGGCGGAAAGUCUGUCGAAGAGUGGAUGAUAGAGCACACACCUAUAUUCCUCAUGAACUUUUACCACAAUGGAAAGAUGGAGGAGGCAUACGGCCCACAGAGGCAGGUCUUGAAAGAAUAG